CACGAACUGAUCCGCGUGUCGACUACUUUGGCAAAUCCGAGAUGGUUCGCGGCGGCGAGACGAAGAAGCGGCGUCAAGCACCACUUCCACCUCAGCGAGCAUCUAACUAUGUAGCAGAAGGAGUGCUCCAUUUGAUGUGCUCCGAUGGCAAAAUGUGGCGUCUCUUUGAUGCAGCGACGCUUGCGGCGUUGGCAAUGACGAGCAAGCGCAUCCGAGAAGGGAUUCCGUGGCGCGACGUCGUGAUGUAUACGGCGAAUUCCAUCGUGAAAGCAAAGCGAAUUCAGUCUGUGAAGCGCUCACUCAUGAAGAAAGAGUUUAUUGGGAACCAUCAUAUCUACUGGUGGACAAGUCCGGAAUUCGAAAUGGAGGAGCGCCGCAUCAAGGAGUCAACGAUCACCCCCGACGACGUCAUGGCGCAUUGCUUGAUUCCCCCACACCAACCGAACUGGCAGCUUGCGUUCCAUCGACUUCACGGACGGUACCAAGCGACGUUCCUAGGGCAGCGCCACCAACUCUACCUGUUGCACUUGUGCACAUUCCUGCAAUUGGCCGACCAUCUGAAAGAAACCCUCUUUCAAGAUCGUUAUCCCAACUGCUACGUGAACGGCGUGGCGCAAAUGACGGACGACAUCAUCGCCACUGUCUUGCAAGCCCAGCAGACGAAUGUCAUUUCCAUCAUGUGCCCCGAUUUUGGACAACCGCACAUGUUCGACCUGACCGUGACGUCGUUCCGCCUGGUUUUGUUGCCGUCGAUACUGCCGUCGGCUCCCGUCGUGACGAGGCAUGUGCCACUCCAGACGACGGAGCCGCCAGCAACGGACGUGGGGGCGUCCGUGGACAAGUGGUUUCCCCACCUGGCGUCAUUUAUUUCACAGAAGGGAUGCGUCAGCCUCGGACGCCAAGCCCAUCAGUACAUGAUGAUCCUGUCGGGGGAAGAUAUCGUGCACCGGCACUUCAAACACAUGGGAUCCCUCCAGCGAUAUCUCGAGAGCGCCGACCAGCAUUGCCGGCGGUGGUUGUCGCGAUCGUCCGACAGCAGCGGCACAUCGGAAGGUGACGACGAGAGCGAUGAGGACAAUCCACUGUUUACAUCGGCCAACAUUGAGCAAGAGGUGCAGAUCGACUCAAUGGCGACAUUCAAUGCCGACUUGUGCUUUCCACAUCUCGCCAAAUUUGUCGCUGCCAAGGGGUGGCAGUCCAUCGAGCUCAACGUGUUCCGGUCAAGGUAUGCGAUGGUGUGCAAGGGAGCGCAGGCGAAAUCCAUUCAAGCGUGGGAUAUGACAACAUCCGAGUCGUUUACGCUGCAGGACAUGCUGAAAGAGCUCAACACGUGCGUUUGUGCUGCCAACGUAAAAGCGCGAAACCAGCAAAUUCGCACGCUCAAGACCCAAGAAGAAAACGUCCCGAAGGACAAGGAGCACCUCCGCUUCCUCGUGUACAUGAAGAAUGCGACCGUGGUCCAGCGCGGAGCCGUCUUUAGCGUCGGCGAUCGAAGCGGGUUGUACGUGAACGCGCUGGUUGGGCACAACAUUUUCCUGCCCCCAACGCCGGCCUUCCUGGUCGUCCAGUUCGAAAUCACGUUUAGGGAGCUGGGAGAGUACGCCGACUUGUCCAAGUUAGUCAGCAUUGGAUUGGUCGAGCCUGGCGAAUACCCCAAGACCCGCGUGACCGCACGUUUUGUCGACUCGAACUCUGAGUUUCCCGUGUUGUGCUGGAAGAACGGUCACUCGCAAUUUAUGGUCGGGCGGAACUUGGUCUAUCCCACGACGAACGAAGCGCGGUGGGGAUUUUUCCAUCGAGAGAGUCCCAUCAAGAGCGGCGACACCAUUUCGUUGAUAUACCAGCGCGACAACGGCACAGUCCAAUUUGCACACAAUCAGCAGUUGCUUCCGUUUUAUUUUGCUGGCGUGUACCGAAGUAACUUUUACGAGUCCGGCCUCACUGUGUUUGUCACCCUCGAACGUGAAAACAUUCAAGUGCGCAGCUUGGACCCCCCCAACCUCGAGUUCAUCAAGCCAGUGGAGCAGCGGCAUUUCUAUGACUUUGGCGCUGAGCCUGCCAUAUUCUAAUCUCGUGAAACAAUGUAUCAUGUACCGUUGUGUGGCUGUGCCA